UUUUUUUCCCUCUCAGGGCGGCGCCUCAGAGCCUUGAUGGUGUCCACGGCGAGCAUAGCAUUCCUCUUGUUUGGAUAUGACCAGGGUGUGACUAGUGGAUUGUUGACGCUACCAUCAUUUUACAAUAUGUUCCCGGAAAUUGACACGACUACUACAACCGGCGCCCAAAAAAGCAGGAAUGCAACUGUCCAAGGACUCGCUGUAGCUAUAUACGAAGUCGGUGGCGCGUUCGGUGCCGUCCUGGCCUUUCUCAUUGGCGACAAAAUUGGUCGGCUUCGCAUGGUCUGGCUUGGCCAUUUCAUCCUGCUCAUUGGAGCAGUCCUGCAGUGUGCGUCAUUUGGUCUGGCACAGCUUGUUGCUGCUCGCGUUAUUACUGGAAUCGGAAUUGGCUUCAACACCGUCACCAUCCCCGUAUGGCAAGCCGAAAGCUCGCGUUCUCACAAUCGAGGCAAAUAUCUGCUGAUCGAGGGCGCCAUGAUCACCGGCGGUGUCUGUCUAUCAUAUUGGAUCAACUUUGCCUUCCAAUUCACAACCGGCGAUCUAUCAUGGCGCUUCCCCCUCGGUUUCCAAGUGCUCCCCGCUCUAAUCGUGUGCCUCGUCGUUCUUGAUCUGCCCGAAUCCCCUCGAUGGCUCAUCCGAAUGGGCCGGUACGAGGAGGCGAAACGCAUGAUGGACGCUCUUGAUAGUGAUUUGGGGCCAGAGGCGCGCGAAGCCAAUUUCGCAGAAGCCUGCUCGGGUGUUGUCACUUCUGCAAAUCAGGAGGGUUCUGGUUGGAAACUCAUUUUCGGGGCCCGUAAAGAUGAGAAUGCCUACGCAGUCAAGUACAAGUAUCACCACCGCAUGAUCCUAGCUAUUGGCCACGCGAUCUUCCACCAGAUCUGCGGCAUCAAUCUGGUCAUCUACUACGCGCCUAAGAUUUACCAGGAAAACCUCGGACUCAGCGCGUCACAGACUCGCAUUGUUUCGGCGACCGUUAAUGGCAUUGGCUAUUUUGCCAGCGGCUUUAUUUCGACAUCUGUGGUUGAACGCAUUGGCCGGCGCAAGCUGAUGAUUAUUGGGUCGGCGGGCAUGGCCAUAGGUAUGGGCGUUGUGGCUGGGACGACGCGGUAUUCAUACAAUGUCAAAAUAGCUGCCGUCGCCGCUGCGUUUAUCUUCACCAUCCAGGCAUCCUUUGCCAUCGGCUGGUUGGCUAUUGUCUGGCUAUACCCUGCUGAGAUUGUGCCCUCCGAGAUUCGGUAUGCGGCCAACAGCGUUGUGGUAGCAACGACAUGGUCGUUCAACUUUCUCGUCGUUAUGGUGACUCCUGUCAUGCUGGCUAAUAUUCAGUGGCACGCCUAUCUCAUUUUUACGGCGCUCAAUGUCGCAAUUGGGCUGUGCGUUUAUUCAUUCUAUCCAGAAACAGCUCGUCGCAGUUUGGAGGAGAUUGAUGAGAUCUUUUCAGAGGCCACGGGGCCUUUUGAUGUGGUCAGGGUGUCCUUUAAAAAGCCAUAUAUUCACGAUGAAAAGGGGGAAAACAUAGUU